UCUUUGCGCGUGCGCUUUUCAACGCAACCAUUUGGUCAGGAACAAAAUUAGGAUUUUCCCUCAUAUUAUGCACAGCAAUGGAUACCGACGGCUCCGUGAUUAGCACACGAGCCGAGGAUCAAUCCUUCCAUGUCCGCUACAGGAUGGAGGUGUCCUGCCUUGAGCUGGCGCUGGAGGGCGAGCGCCUCUGCAAGUUGGGCGACUACAGAGCCGGCGUAUCCUUCUUCGAAGCCGCCAUCCAGGUGGGCACGGAGGACCUGCAGGUGCUCAGCGCCAUCUACAGCCAGCUGGGCAACGCCUACUUCCACCUGCACGACUACGCCAAGGCGCUGGAGUUCCACCGGCACGACCUCACCUUGACCAGGACCAUCGGGGAUCUGCUCGGCGAGGCCAAAGCCAGCGGGAAUCUUGGCAAUACACUGAAGGUGCUGGGGAGGUUCGAUGAGGCCAUGGUGUGCUGUCAGAGGCACUUGGAGAUAGCGAGGGACAUCAGCGACAAGGUGGGUCAGGCGCGAGCUCUCUACAACUUUGGCAACGUGUAUCAUGCGAAAGGAAAAAGUAUUUGCUGGAGUGGAGCAGAGCCUGGAGAUUUCCCAGAAGACGUUAUGGCGGCGCUGAGGAAGGCCUCGGAAUAUUACGAGGCAAACCUGGUGCUCGUGCAGGAGCUUGGUGACCGGGCCGCCCAGGGUCGAACGUACGGCAACCUGGGUAACACUCACUACCUGCUGGGGAACUUUCGCAACGCCGUGGCGUCUCAUGAGCAGCGUCUCCUAAUAGCAAAGGAAUUUGGUGACCGCUCCGCGGAAAGACGUGCUUACUGCAACCUGGGCAACGCUUACAUCUUCCUCGGAGAGUUCGAAGUGGCCGCCGAGCAUUAUAAGAGGACGCUGCAGCUGGCGAGACAGCUGAAGGAUCGGGCGGUGGAGGCUCAGGCAUGCUACAGUUUGGGCAACACGUACACUCUGCUGCAGGACUACGAGAGAGCCAUCGACUACCACCUCAAACACCUCAUCAUAGCCCAGGACCUCAAUGACCGGAUUGGCGAAGGUCGAGCGUGCUGGAGUCUGGGAAACGCCCACACUGCACUUGGUAGCCACGACCAGGCUAUGCACUUUGCUGAGAAACACCUGGAGAUCUGCAGAGAGGUUUGUCAAGUCGCCCUUCAUCACACUUGA